AUUAUUUUGUAUCCGUUUCACAUUCACAGUCAAACUCGGUUGCCGAAGAAAUUUCCCGGCAAAACCUCAACAAACAAAACUUAAAGAAUGACCCUUCUACCCUUACCUUUCCUCUUCUUCUUCCUCACAUCAAUACCCUUAUCCGUCUUUUCACAGUUCAACGACCGGUCAACGCUUCUUAACGUGAAACGCGAUCUCGGAGAUCCACCGUCUCUCCAACUAUGGAACGACACAUCUUCACCGUGCAAUUGGUCGGAGAUCAUUUGCACCGCCGGGAAUAUCACUGGGAUCGAUUUCAAGAACCAGAACUUCACCGGAACAGUUCCGACGACGAUAUGCGAUUUGUCGAAUCUCAAUUUCCUUGAUUUAUCGUUUAAUUACUUCGCCGGCGAGUUUCCGACGGUUCUUUACAACUGCACGAAGCUUCAAUAUCUUGAUCUCUCUCAGAACGUUUUCAACGGAUCACUUCCCGUCGACAUCGACCGUCUCUCACCGGAACUUGACUAUCUCGACUUAGCAGCUAACGCCUUCGCCGGAGAUAUCCCUAAGAAUAUCGGACGGAUCUCGAAGCUCAAGGUAUUGAAUCUCUACAUGAGUGAAUACGACGGUACGUUUCCAUCGGAGAUCGGAGACUUGGUCGAGCUUGAAGAACUUCGAUUAGCGUUUAACGAUAAGUUUACGCCGGCGAAGAUUCCGAUAGAGUUUGGGAAGUUGAAGAAACUGAAGUAUAUGUGGUUAACGGAGAUGAAUCUGAUCGGAGAAAUCUCAGCCGUUGUUUUCGAGAACAUGACGGAUCUUAAACACGUUGACUUAUCGGUCAACAAUUUAACGGGUCGGAUCCCAGAUGUUUUAUUCGGGUUGAAGAAUCUCACUGAUCUUUAUCUCUACGCUAAUGACUUAACCGGUGAAAUCCCCAAAUCUAUUUCGGCGACGAACAUGGUAUUUCUUGAUCUCUCCGCGAAUAAUUUAACCGGUUCGAUUCCGGUUUCAAUCGGAAAUCUAACGAAAUUAGAAGUGUUAAACCUGUUUAACAACGAGUUAACCGGAGAAAUCCCGCCGGUUAUCGGAAAAUUACCGGAAUUGAAGGAGUUUAAAAUCUUCACCAACAAGUUAACCGGAGAAAUACCGGCGGAGUUUGGAGUUUAUUCAAAGCUGGAGAGAUUCGAAGUUUCGGAGAAUCAGUUAACCGGAAAGUUACCGGAAAAUUUAUGCAAAGGAGGUAAACUUCAAGGCGUGGUUGUGUACUCAAACAAUCUCACCGGAGAAAUCCCAGAAUCUCUCGGAGAUUGUGGGACGCUCUUGACGGUUCAGUUACAGAACAAUGGCUUCUCUGGCAAGUUUCCUUCUCGGAUUUGGACUGCUACAAGUAUGUAUAGUUUACAGGUGAGUAACAACUCAUUCACCGGAGAGUUACCGGAGAAUGUUGCUUGGAAUAUGUCGAGGAUCGAGAUUGAUAACAAUCGAUUUUCGGGUGUGAUUCCUCGGAAAAUCGGUACUUGGUCUUCUCUAGUUGAGUUUAAGGCGGGAAACAAUCUGUUUUCCGGUGAGAUUCCGAAGGAAUUGACUUCUCUUUCGAAUCUUUUAUCGAUCUUUCUCGAUGAGAAUGAUCUCACCGGUGAAUUACCGGAUGAGAUCAUCUCAUGGAAGUCGUUGAUAACGUUAAGUUUAUCCAAGAAUAAGCUUUCCGGGAAAAUUCCGAGAGCUUUAGGAUUAUUGCCACGUUUGCUCAAUCUUGAUCUAUCGGAGAAUCAAUUCUCCGGUGAAAUCCCACCGGAGAUCGGGAGUCUGAAGCUAACAACACUUAAUGUGUCAUCAAAUAGACUCACCGGAGGAAUCCCAGAGCAACUUGAUAAUCUUGCUUACGAGAGAAGUUUCUUGAACAACUCCAAUCUUUGUGCAGAGAAUCCGGUUCUCAAUUUACCGGAUUGUCGGAAACAGCGCCGGGGAUCAAGAGGGUUGCCGGGGAAAAUCCUCGCGAUGAUUCUAGUCAUUGCUGUUCUGCUUCUCACCAUCAGUCUGUUUGUUACGUUCUUUGUGAUUCGAGAUUACACAAGGAAACAAAGAAGGAGAGGUUUAGAGACGUGGAAACUAACUUCAUUUCAUAGAGUUGAUUUUGCGGAAUCUGAUAUAGUGUCGAAUCUGAUGGAACACUAUGUGAUCGGGAGUGGCGGAUCGGGCAAAGUUUACAAGAUAUUUGUCGAAAGCUCGGGACAAUGCGUGGCGGUGAAGAGGAUAUGGGACAGCAAGAAACUGGACCAGAAACUCGAGAAGGAGUUUGUUGCUGAAGUUGAGAUUCUUGGAACGAUCAGGCACUCGAAUAUAGUGAAACUACUGUGUUGUAUCUCGAGGGAGGAUUCAAAGCUUCUGGUGUAUGAGUAUCUCGAGAAACGCAGUCUUGAUCAGUGGCUACAUGGCAAGAAGAAGGGAGAUUUCGGGUUGGCCAAACUGUUGAUUAAGCAAAACCAACAACCUCAUACCAUGUCAGCUGUUGCUGGAUCCUUCGGUUACAUUGCUCCAGAAUACGCAUAUACAUCGAAGGUAGAUGAGAAGAUUGAUGUGUAUAGCUUCGGGGUAGUUUUGCUAGAGCUGGUGACUGGAAGAGAAGGAAACAACGGAGAUGAACACACAAACUUAGCAGAUUGGUCAUGGAGACAUUACCAAUCCGGAAAACCAACCGCAGAGGCGUUUGAUGAGGACAUCAAAGAAGAUUCCACAACAGAGGCGAUGACAACAGUUUUCAAGCUAGCUAGGUCUCAUGUGUACUAACACAUUGCCUAGUCACAGACCUUCAAUGAAAGAGAUCUUGUAUGUUCUGCGCCAACAAGGACUUGGGGCGACGAAGAAGACUGCAACAGAGGCACAUGAGGCACCUCUACUAGUUAGUUUAUCGGGUCGGAGGACAAGUAAAAGGGUAGAAGAUGAAGAUUUAGGUUUUGUAUAAUCAAUAAUCACAACUUUU